AUGUACACCUACCCUCGUCCAGUUGCUGUCGACCCCGGCGACCGAGUCAACUUGCGCCCGCUGUGGUUGGUCACUCUCGUCGUCUUCGGAUUGGUCGCGCUGUUGUUCCUGGGAGAGAUGGCGCAGGACAACGGGAAGCCGCGAUUGGUGACCACGCUCCGUGUUGGUGACAACAGCAACGCCAACAUCGUCACCGGAGCCUUCGCUCUGCCGUGCACGCGCCACGUCGCCCCUCCUGACGGCGACGCCUCCUCCGGACAGGAAUUCCAGGAGACGCCCGGCCCGUUCUGGAACUUCACAGAAGAUCGCAACCUCAUGAUCCACAGGCUCGGGGGCGUCGCGCCUGGCUUCACUUCCCUUAUCCACCCUGACGCUCUGCGUGAAUCCGCGGCCAGCGAGUCUUCUUGGGCUGAUGCAGCAAACGGCGCCAGCCAGAUCUUCCCUGCAAACCCGUUUACAGCUAAUGGCAUUUCUACAAACCUGUCUGCAGACACGGGUAAUUUUACGAGACUAUCUGCUGCUAAUGCCAUGUUUUCAAACCGGUCUGCAGCUAAUGAAAUCGCUGCAAACUUGUCUGAUGCUAAUGGCAUAUCUGAAAAACUAUCUGAAUCUAAUGGAAUCUCUGCAAACCGGCCUAUAGAUAGUGGCAUCUCAGCAAAUCUGACUGCAGCUGAUGAAACUUCUGUAAACCCAUCUGAAGCUAAUGGAAUCUCAGCAAACAUGUCUGCAGCUGAUGGCAAAUCUGUAAAGCUAUCUGAAACUAAUGGAAUUUCUGGAAAUCUGUCAGCAGCUAAUAGCAUCUCUGGAAAUCUAUCUGAAGCUAAUGGAAUCUCUGCAAACCGAUCUAUAGCUAGUGGCAUUUCUGCAAACCUGACUUCAGCUGAUGAAACCUCUGUAAACCCAUCUGAAGCUAACGGCAUCUCUGCAAACAUGUCUGCAGCUGAUGGCAAAUCUGUAAUUCUCUCUGAAACUAAUGGAAUUUCUGGAAAUGUGUCAGCAGCUAAUAGCAUCCCUGGAAAUCUAUCUGAAGCUAAUGGAAUCUCUACAAACCGGUUUGCAGCUAAUGGCAUAUCUGCAAACUUGUCUGCAGCUGAUGACUUCUCUGGAAACCUAUCUGAAGCUAAUGGUAACUCUGCAAACCUGUCUGAAGCUAAUGGCAUGUCACAAAACUUGUCUGCAGUUAAGGGCAUGUCUGCUGCAAACGACAACUCUGCAAACCAAUCUACAGCUAAAGGUAUCUCUGCAACCCUGUCUGCAGUUUCCGACAUUUCUGCAAAUCCAUUUGAAACUAAUAGAAUUGCCGCAAAUCUUUCUGUAGCUACUGAAAACUCUGCAAAUGUGUCUACAUGUAAUGACAUUUAUUCAAACCUGUCUGAAGAUACUGGCAUUUCUGCAAACAUGUCUGCAGAUACUAAUAUUUCUACAAAUUCGUCUACAGCUUCUGAAAUCUCUGCAAACCUGUCUGCAAUCAAUGACAUUUCUGGAAAGCCAUCUACCACUAAAGGUAACUCUUCAAUCCUGCCUUCAUCUAACUUCAUCUCUACAAACCCAUCUACAACCAAGGGUGCCUCUGCAAAUUCGUCGAAAUCUAAUGAUAUCACUGCAAAACUGUCAGCAACUAAUGACACCUCUGCGAGUCCGGCUACAGCUAAUGGUAUUUUUGCGAACCUGAGUGAAAAUACUGGAAUUUCUGGGAAAUUCUCAGCAGCAAAUGGAAUAUCUACAAAUACAUCUUCAGCUAUUGGCACAUCUUCAAACUCAUCUACAGCUAAAUGCAUCUAUGCGAACUUGUCUGCAUCUACCGACACCUUUGCAAACCUGACUAAAGAUACUUUCCUUUCUGCAAACCCGUCUACAGCCACUAAAAUCUCUUCAAACUUGUAUGCAGUUAAUGGCAACUUCACAGACCUGUCUAUAUCUAAUGAUUUCUCUGCAAAUCAGACUAUCACAGAAAACUCGUCUAAAGACAAUUAUGUCUCUGUGAGCCGAUCAACUUUUCAUGGCAACUCGACAAACGCAUCUACAGCUCAUGGCGACUUGGCAAAAACGUAUCCUGGUAAUGACACCUCUAAAAACGCGUCUAAUGCGAAUGACGUCUCAUCAGAAAGUCCUCCUCCAACUGAUCCCGUUGGAUCCGCAUCAUCAUCUGCUGACUCCGCUGUAGCUUGUGUACAGAAAGAACGUCGGCAGAAGACACUUCGUGAUUACUCCUUCAUCAUUUUGUGCAGUGUUCAUUUUUAUUCAUUGCUCCUUCAAACCCUGUAG